AUGAGGAAGACCAAGGGCGGGCGGACGAUGAAUCCGACGGACUCGUUCCGCAAGGAGCAGCGGAAGCGCGAGAUCAAGAAGAACAAGGUGGAGCGCCGCAAGGUCCGCGAGACCGGCGUUCUGCGCAGCGACCCGGCCGCCAUUCGCGAGCAGAUCGCGAAGCUCAACGCCGCCAAGUCAGAGGGGCCAAUGGAGAAGACGCGCAAGCACAAGCUGAGGCAGCUGGAGGACCGGUUGCAGCUGGUGCUGAAGAAACGCAAGGAGUUUGAGCAGAAAAUGAGGGAGCGGGGGGAGGACCCAGUCAUGUUCAGCCAUCUCACUGCCCCUCGCAAGUCUGCCAACGAAGCCAUCAGGAACCUUCGCCCAGAGGAUUCCGUAUACUAUCAUCCAACCUUGAACCCUUCGGGCCAGCCUCCACCAGGGAAAGCGCCGAUGUAUCGGCCUUCUCUCUCUAGACCAUCAGCAGGGCAAGGGGAAGAGGAGGAUGAGGACGAGGAGGAGGGGGAUUCAAUGGAUGAAGAUCAGGAGGAGGAUGAGGAGGACGAGGAGGAGGAAGAGGGGGAGGGGGAAGGAGACGAGGGAAAACAGGAUUCAGGGGCAGCAGGGGGAGCAGCAGCGGGAAUGGUUCCCCUUCCCCCGCCCCCUCCGCCUCCCCCUCUUCCAGACGCGCACACCCUCCCCCCAGGCGUCCCCAUGCCUCUCCCCAUACCUGUCCCCGUGCCCCCCCCUCCCCCCGCCCCCCCUGGCAUGGCUCCCCCGAGUUUCCCCCCCGAAUUCCGCCCCCCGCACUUGCAACAGCCUCCCCCUCCUCCCCCCCGCGCUGGCUUUCCCCCUGGUAUGCGCCCCCCUCCCCCUCCCCCCCGACCUGGGGCAGGGGGAGGGAGGGGAGCGGAGGGGGGAGGGGAAGAGGAGGAGGAUGCUAGGCCUCCUGGGGUUGAGAUGACUGGUCCGCCUGCUGCUGCUGCUGCUGCUGCUGCUGCUCCGGGUGCUGGUGCCGCUGGUGCCGAGGGGAAAAGAAUCCCCCCUCCCCCUCCUCCCCGUCACCACCUCCCCUUGGGAUCCGUCCCCCCCGAAUCCGGGCCCCCCUCCCGUCCCCCUGGUGUUCCCCCUCCCCCUCCCCCCCGCAUCACCCCCGGAGCUCCCCCUUCCGCCACUCCCCCCAAUCUCCCCCCAGGCAUGCGCCCACCUGUUUUCCCCCCACCAAUGACCCCCCCAGGAGCCCCCCCUGGGGGUCCCCCUGGUACCCUCCCCCCUCCGCCUCCCCCCCGCCCCAUAGGGGGAGUUCCCCCCGGCCCUCCCCCCAGACCCAUGGGAUCCGCGCCCCCAUCCAUGCACCCUCCCCCCGGCCCUCCCCCCGCACACCUGCUCCGCCCCCAACACCCUUCCCCCGCCCCUGGCGCUCCCCCAGGCGCCCUAGUCCCCCCCGCCCAUCUUCCCCCAGGCAUGCGCCCUCCCCCUGGCCCUCCACCUGGUCGUCCGCCUAUGGGCCUGGGGGGAGGACCGGGGGGGGGCAUUCCCCCCCCGCCUCCCCCUGGGAUGAGACCCCCCCCAGGCCCCCCCCCAGCAGCAGCACUUGCCGGUGUGGGUGGGGGGAUGGGAGGAGGAGACGGGGGAGGAACGGAAGCAGGAACGGCAGGGGGAGGGGGAGCAGGAGGAGCAGGGGGGGCAGGGGGAGCGGGAGGAGCAGGGGGAGGGGGAGGGGCGGAGGGUAAGCCUACUCCCGCGUAUGUGAAGGUGGCAGCUCCGAUGGUGGUGAAACGACCCCUGGCACAACACACACCGGAGCUCACAGCCAUGGUCCCAGCGUCCGUGCGGGUGAGAAGGCAGGAUGCACUGAUGAAGCCCAAGCCAAAGGCCGCCGCUGCUGCUGCUCGGGCUGCUCCUGCUGCUGCUGCUGCUGCUACGCCUGCCGCCGCUGCUGCUGCGCCGAAUAAACCAGCCAGUAUUGACGACUCGUAUUCUGCUUUUAUGGAGGAAAUGAAGGAGCUGGGUGCCUUUGAAGGGGAUGAGAGCUAG